AUGACACCUACCAAAACCCUUCUGUCAGAUUUUCAGACUUCUCAGAAGACAUCCAGAGUUCCUUUGAUUGUUAAAUUGAAAGCUAAACUUCUUCCUUUCAGUGUCCUGGAUGAUGAAAACACCAGCCUCCGACAGCAGAAGCUCGAGAAGCAGGUCGUGGAGCAGCCAGAGCUUGUUUCAGAAAGCAGCGGGUCCAAGCGGGCCCUCCUGGAGCAGAAGCAAAGGAGGAAACGGCAGGAGCCUCUGAUGGUGCAGCCCAAUCCAGAAGCCAAACCCAGGCGGUCCAAACCCCGCAGGAGCGAGGAACAGGCCCCACUUGUAGAGUCCCGCCUCAGCAUCACCAGCGAUGUCAUCCUGGAUGUUUUAGCACACAGAGACAUCAGGCAGAGAAGUAUUCUGAGAACAGGCUCUGCGCAGGAGAAAGAAGACCUGACAGCUCAGACUGGCUAUAGGGUAAAGUCAGGGAGCAAGAACAAUCUGAAACAACAUAACUUAGACCCGCUCAAAGAGGAACCCAGAGGGCUGAGAGACAAAGUGCAGGAGUUGAAUGAGAAGCCGAAGUUUAAAGUCAUAGAGGAAACACCCAGGCCAGAGCUAUGGAUAAAACCCAGAAAAGCAUUUCAGGGAAGAGGCAAAAUCAGGAAACAGAGAGGAAAGUUAGCUACCAUAAACCAAGGUAUUGAUGGACCAGCUGCAUUUAUGAACUCUGAGGUUCCUGACCUAAGCACUAAGGUUCAAAUCUUAUCAGUGAGCCAGUCCCCCCCGACAGAGGAGGUGGACAGAGAUGGAGACACAGAGACUCUGCUGGAGCCCUCAGCCAAAAGUGACAUCCAGGACAUCCUGCAGAAACGAGGUGAGCAGCCCACACUGUCUCUCCCUUCAUUGACAGCGGGAACUUAGGGUGAGUGCAGUGAUUCCAAGACAGGAACUAGAAUCCAAAUGCAGGCUAGCACACAGAAAAAUGAGGUAAAAGGUGGAUAUAAAUAAACACUAAGCAAGAAGAGGGAUAACACAGGGCAGGAUCCGAAGGAGUGUCCAAAAAGUCAGACAGGUGAGGUACAUAGCCAGGUUUCAUGAUGUGAACAAGCCAGGGAAGAUCCAGGAACUCGGUUGGAAGACGGGGCAAGCAAGACAAGGCACAAGUAAAGCAAGGUGAAAGCAAAGAGAAGCAGAAUGCAGCAAAGCAAGUGAGGACUCUCAGAGGAAAACCCCAAAACAGAGCACUGAGAAGGGGUUCAGGCAGGACUUAAAAACCACAGUAGUUAACUAGCCCGUUACUUAGUGGCAAGGUGUAAUGAUAAAUGCCCAUAUUAUGUUUUGUCAGCCCCAGUGGAUAUAUCAGUCCAUGUGGAUAUAUGGCCUAUAUGGCCCUUUCACUCUGCCUUUUUUUUUUAUCAUGAUGGCCUCAAAUAUCACAGUUUUUCCUAAUUUUUACUAAUAUAAUAGAAUUUCAAGAUAUAUAUAUAAUAUUCUAUAUUAUAGAAUAUUAUAGUUAAAAGAUAUGUAGUAGGCUUUUGUAAAACAACCAUAAGUAUGAAAGACUUGCCAAAAACGUUUUUAGAGUACAAAAA